UAUAUAAGCAGAGUUUUCAAGUGAUAGUCACUGUGAGUCAGAAAGCGGCGAGAAAGGUCAAGUGAAAAUGGAUUCGGACUUCGGACUGGCGAGAGAACUCUCUGAUCUGCAAAAGCUCCGAUCUCAGUAUCGGCCCGAGCUUCCUCCCUGUCUUCAGGGCACUACUGUCCGUGUGGAGUUUGGUGAUGCAACUACUGCUGCAGAUCCCUCUGGUGGACAUACCAUAAGUCGCUUGUUUCCUCAUACUUUCGGUCAGCCUUUGGCUCAUUUUCUGAGGGCAAGUGCCAAGGUCCCAGAUGCUCAGAUAAUUACUGAGCACCCAGCAAUUAGGGUGGGGAUCGUUUUCUGUGGUAGACAAUCUCCAGGAGGACAUAAUGCCAUAUGGGGUCUUUAUGAUGCUCUCAAAGUUCACAAUCCUAAUAGUACUUUGCUUGGAUUUUUGGGUGGUUCUGAAGGUUUAUUUGCCCAGAAAACACUUGAAAUCACUGAUGAUAUUCUGGCUACCUAUAAAAACCAAGGGGGCUAUGAUAUGCUGGGAAGAACAAAGGAUCAAAUCAGAUCAACUGAGCAAGUUAAUGCUGCACUGACUGCUUGUACAUCUUUGAAAUUGGAUGGCCUUGUUAUUGUUGGAGGAGUAACAUCAAACACAGAUGCUGCUUAUCUGGCAGAAGCUUUUGCUGAAGCUAAAUGCCCAACAAAAGUUGUUGGAGUUCCAGUCACAUUAAAUGGAGAUCUAAAGAAUCAGUUUGUUGAGACAAAUGUUGGUUUUGAUACUAUAUGCAAGGUUAAUUCCCAGCUUAUUAGCAAUGUCUGCACAGAUGCACUCUCAGCGGAGAAGUAUUAUUAUUUCAUCAGACUAAUGGGCCGAAAGGCAUCACAUGUUGCCUUAGAAUGCACUCUACAAUCACACCCAAAUAUGGUGAUUCUUGCUGAGGAGGUAGCUGCAUCAAAGCUUACUCUUUUUGACAUCACAAAACAAAUUUGUGAUGCAGUGCAGGCCAGGGCUGAACAAGAUAAAUACCAUGGUGUUAUCCUAUUGCCUGAGGGGCUUAUUGAAAGUAUUCCUGAAGUAUAUGCUCUGUUGAAGGAAAUUCAUGGUUUGCUCAGACAAGGUGUUUGUGCUGAUAACAUUUCCUCUCAAUUGUCACCAUGGGCAUCUGCACUUUUUGAAUUUAUGCCACCCUUCAUCAGGAAGCAGCUCCUUUUGCAUCCAGAAUCUGAUGACUCUGCUCAGCUAUCUCAGAUUGAGACAGAGAAACUUCUAGCUUUUCUUGUAGAAGAAGAAAUGAAUAAACGGACGAAAGAAGGAAAAUACAAGGGGAAGAAAUUCAAUGCUAUUUGCCAUUUCUUUGGUUAUCAAGCUCGGGGAUCACUGCCAUCGAAGUUUGAUUGUGACUAUGCUUAUGUGCUUGGUCAUGUCUGUUACCAUAUUUUGGCUGCUGGCUUGAAUGGUUACUUGGCAACUUUAAAUAACCUGAAGAAUCCUGUGAAUAAGUGGCGUUGUGGUGCUGCUCCAAUAACUGCUAUGAUGACUGUCAGGCGUUAUGGUCAUGGUCCUGCUGCUGAUUCCUUUGGGAAGCCUGCUCUUCAUCCUGCUACUGUUGAUUUAAGAGGCAAAGCAUAUGAGCUUCUGAGACAGAAUGCCACAAAAUUCUUGUUGGACGAUGUCUACAGGAAUCCUGGACCUCUUCAGUUUGAUGGCCCAGGUGCUGAUGCAAAGGCUUUAAUCCUUUGUGUUGAGGACCAGGAUUACAUGGGCCGGAUCAAGGAAUUGCAGGAAUAUCUUGAUAAGGUACGCACCAUUGUGAAACCAGGUUGCUCACAGGAUGUGCUGAAAGCAGCUUUAAGUGCCAUGGCUUCUGUAACAAAUAUUCUCUCAGUUAUGUCAAAUGGUGGUAACACAAACUUCUAAGCAAGAGCAGACUAUUGGUCUAUCUCAGAAAUUUUGUGGCUCUAUUGCUGCUAGACUGCACCUUUGUUGGAUAUCAAUUUAGGUGCAAAACAAUUAGGUUAUGGUGUGGAACGUAUCUUUAGUUUUAGUUACUGUCUUUUGACCCCUGUAAUUUUGAGUUGCGAAGUAAUUUCAUGAAUUGUUACUGCGGGAUGAGGAAGGAUUCUUAUUUUUCUGCUUUAAUAAGAGAACUUUUUACUUCUUUAUUUUUUGGUUAAAA